UUUGUCAGUUCUUUCUUCUCGGCCUUGUUAUCCCUUCUUGAAAAAGUAGGAUUAAUUGUUUUUGUUUUCACUCGACAAGAGCUGUAUACAAGCACAUCAAUUGCUUCAUAGCAUUACAUAAAUAAAUAAAUAAAAUAAAAAACACAGAAUGGAGGGCACAAGCUCCCUCGAAUUUCAGGCAGAAAAGGAAUCCGAAUAUGAUCGGAUCAGUGAACUGAAGGCUUUCGAUGAGACAAAAGCUGGGGUGAAGGGGCUCGCAGAUGCUGGGGUAACAAAGAUCCCGCGGAUAUUCAUCCAUGAUCGGCAACAUAAUGAUUCAGGCCGCGGCUCCUCCUCCUCCGACCCAAAGUUCAGCAUUCCAAUCAUAGACUUUGAAGGCAUCGACAAAGAUGCUGGUCAACGUGCUAAGAUAGUUAAAGAAAUCCAAGAUGCAUGUGAGAAGUGGGGUUUCUUUCAGGUUGUUAAUCAUGGAAUUGAGGUAACCUUGCUGGAUGAGAUGAUCGAUGGGGUUCGCAGGUUUCACGAGCAAGACUACGACGUUAAGAAAGAAUUCUAUACACGCGAUGUAACGAAAAGUGUGACAUAUAACACCAACUUCGAUUUAUACCAAGCAGGAGCAGCUACUUGGAGGGAUACCAUAUAUUGUGCUACAGCUCCUUCUCCACCCAAGCCUGAAGAAUUGCCUCAAGUAUGCAGAGAUAUAAUGAUUGAUUACUCGAACGAAGUAAUAAGAUUAGGCCUUACUAUAUUCGAGUUGCUGUCGGAAGCUCUUGGGCUCGAACCGAACCACCUCAAAGACAUGGGUUGUGCCGAUGGACUUUAUGUUUUGGGCCAUUACUAUCCACCAUGCCCCGAACCAGAUUUGACUUUGGGCCUCACCAAACACACCGACAGUACAUUCCUCACUGUCGUUUUACAAGACCAAAUAGGUGGCCUUCAGGUCCUACAUCAAAAUCAAUGGGUCACUGUCACUCCCAUUCCGGGGUCUUUGAUUGUAAACCUGGGAGAUAUGAUGCAGCUGAUCUCCAACGAUAAGUUCAAAAGCGUGUUUCACAGAGUACUGGCAAAGAACAUGGGCCCAAGAGUCUCAGUGGCUAGUUUUUUACAUUUCAACCUAAAGACUACCCCAAGGUUGUAUGGACCCAUCAUGGAGCUGCUAUCGGAAGAACACCCCCCAAUCUACAGGGAAACCACCCUAAAAGAUUAUGUUAUUCAUAUUUACCCGAAGGGUGAAGAUGGGACCUCAGGACUAGAAUAUUUGAAACUUUGAAGUCGGCUAAAUAUAUGAAUAUAUAUGGUUCAUUUAUUUUGUUGAGCUUCAA